UCUAUUGAUAACGCGGGGAGUACGGCCAGCGGGGAUAUCGCUUGAAGGUAAUUCUACUGAUGCAUAUUAAUGCAGUGGAGAUAGUAGAAAUGUCCUCAUGGACUAUUAUUAUCAAACAAGUCGUUGACUAGUCCAGACGAGGGAUAUUGAAUGGAGGGUGUACAAAAAUGUGGAUAUCUGGAGGUUAAAGAACCGUCUUGUAUCAAAGGCAGAAAACUAAAGACGUGGAGACGGCGAUGGGCUGUGCUGCAAGAGAUGAGUAAUUUAGCUUCCGGGACCCUGGCGGCAAAACUAGAGUUUUUCCUGAACGAGACAUCAUCAAAGAUUAACCCGCCACCUACCGACAAACAGACAUACCUGCUGGAGAAUGUCACUGCAGUUGAACCCUGUCACUCCAAAACACACAAACUGGCCUUCCAGAUUGUACAGACCACGCCCACUCUGGUUCUGUGCACGGAAUCACAAGAAGAGACGGAUCUCUGGGUCUCCGCUUUCAAACAAAUAUUUUUACCUAACCAAAACACAGAGAAAGAUGGUUUCAAAGUAACUGUCGUGACAAAUGAUGAGGCAAAAAGAUGUAAUAUAUCUGGAGAAUAUCGAAUGGUCAUCACACCGGAAGUAAUCGCCAUAAAGGGCACUAGUGGUCAACUUGGAAUGGAAUGGAGACUUGAUUGUUUGAAAAGAUUUUACAUGGAUAAAAACCGGAAGAACAUCUUGUUUAUAGAAAGUGGAGCGAAAGCAAGUUGUGGAGAAGCUAAUUUUGAGUUCCAAACCGCAUUGGUCCAAUCCAUAUUACAAGCAAUUAAAACCAAUAUCAACAAAGCAAUAGAGCUAAGAAGGAGGAGUUCCAGUGUGAGUCAGGACACGCGAGAUAGGACUAUGUCAAUGGAGAAAGGAUUUCACAAUCUGUUGACAAACUCGGAUCAGAGAAGUAGGACUUCUUCCAUGAACAGCAAUGUAUCGGCGACACAGUCCACGACCAGUUCUCCAACGCUGUCCAUUAAGCGUGUCUUGGAAAAAACCGCUAUUUUGGAAGAGAAUGAGAACUCCGAGCGACUUCGCUGCAAUUCACUAAAUAUGGCAAGCAAUGGUUCUAGUUUAGAGGGAUCCAAGGAAAGUCUGAAUACACACACUAGGAGUCUUUCAUUAGAUAUCAAAAGGUCGCAUCAAUAUGAUACUUUGACUUUAAAAGAGAAGAAGAACGUUGAAGUAAAACCCCAAAUUGUUGCUACAGUUUCUGUCACAACAGAGGGUAGUCCAACCCCAGUGGAGAUUAUGUUGGAUAGUCAUGGUUAUAGCCACAUCCCCGCUGAUGUUAGACACAAACAAUCCUUAGAAAACAACCAAGAAGAAGUGAUAAAUGAGACUAAGUUGCACUUUGAAAAAGAUUCACAACCAACCCCAAGCACAAACUUAAAUAGUGAAUGUUUGUCCACACUCGAAACAAUCGAAACUGUUGUAAAGAGUGAUUUACAUCUCCCUGUUGAAACCGAGGAGGAGAAACGCUCCCUUUCUGUCGGAUCCCACGAUUCCGGAGUGUCUUGUCCAUCCAGUUACCAACCGUCUACGACUGAUGAGACGACCCAUCGAAGUAAAGAAUCUUUUGAUAGUGCUAUUUCAUAUUCAGAAAUAAGUGUAUCCAUUCCAGAAGCAAUCGUGGUGUCUGAAAGUAUGAAUUCUGGGUUCGUGAGAUCUUUUUCACAUCCACAUAGUAUGUAUCUGAAUGAACCGAAGCACGAACGUUCGCAUUCUGAACCAACGAAAACGGUAACGAACGAGACCUCGGAAUACGCAAACGUCGAAAGUGAAUACGAGGAUCUUGACAAAUAUAGGAAAGACUUGAAAAAGUUCCUGGGCAUGAGUGACAAACACCCGGAUGAGGUUCCUCCAAGUCUUCCCGAAAGGCCAUCUAGUUUACCCCCGUCUCGAAGGGUGAUAAAAGACACAAAAAAGAAAAGGGUUUCGUUCACUGCCUUUGGACACAAUCGAUCUUCAUCCAGCUCUGACUCGGAGGAUGCAGAGCACGAGGUCACGGCUUUGGCAUCCUGGCCUAUAAAGCAAAAUACUGGAAAUAAUUCUCUGUAUUCUAAAGUCAAAAGAAAUACAAAUGCUGUUGCCGAAACCAAAUCGGAUUAUGACCAAAAUUUGUACGAGACCAUUCCAGCUGCGGCUGCAGAAGAACGCAAAGAAUCUCCAAUCUCCUCCAUCAAAACAUGGCCCUUGCAACGCACUGCACAUGCCCAUUGUAACCGUUUCUAUGAAUCCAACGACACAGUGACGAAACAGCUUAUGUCACCAAAUACCGACACACCCACCAGUGCUGUGUCAUCAAAAGAGGGACAAGGAGCUUCUGAAGAUUUUCUAACCGGAGAUAUACCAUUCGAAGCUUCAAAAACACUUCCAGUUUUGAGUCCAUCGAAACAAGCACCCGUGGUAGACUUGCUGAGUGGGGACAUUCAGGAUCAGUCCAAUAAGUUACCGGUUCUAGACGUUUUAUUACCGUUCAGUAUGGACGAUAUAAAACAGUGGAAGACAGAAACAGAGAUAAAACUUAGAGAAAAAGAGAAUGUACAACAAAACCCAUUCCCCAAUAUAGCACGAUACAGUGGAGCUAUGGAAAGUUUCGCAGAAAAUUCAGAAAUCUCUUCAGAUGAACCUAAACCUCUGCCCGGUUUUAGUGAUCAGCUAGCCUCAGGGAAUAUAGAAAACGAUGAGUCUAGUGUGAAAACGGAGACAGACUUGAUUAAUUUUGAUGAAAUAGAAUCAUUUUCAAAUCCUACGGCUAAUGCAGAAGACCUUUACAUUCCUAUGGAACAGAGAGAACCGGAGUAUGUCCAGCCCUCCGAACUACUCGAUAAUAAAUAAGGCAGAAAACAGUUGCUGGAAUUAGGUAUUUUCUGAUUGUUUGCAAGUACUAAGGAACCUCCUUUCCCAUUCAUUUGAUCGUCUCCAGCUGCAUAGUGACGUUUGACUUCUGAUAAGAUUUAAUUUAUAAGCACAAGAAGAUCGUACAUUUUGUUUGUGAAUUGUAAAAACAUUAGUUUAUUAAACAUGCGCAGCGCUGAACAGUUGUAUUCUGAAUACUGUAGUAUUCGUAUUUGAAAAUAAAAAUGUGUCGA